AUGCCGUCCGUAUACCCCGCCCCGGACCAUACCUUCGCGGUCUUUGCGCGCGCCGCGCAGGACUCGCUCGCCCCGAACGAGACGCAGCGGAACACGCUGAUCGUCGCGGGGGUGUACAUCAUCGCCAUUCUCAUCCUCUGGCAUGUGCCAUACGUGUCUGUUAUCAUCUACCCCUUCAAGCUGUUGACCGUUGGGUUCCAUGAGAUGAGCCAUGCCUUCGCUGGUGUGCUCACCUGCGCGCAUAUCCACUCAAUAGAGCUCGAUCCGGACGAAGGCGGCGCGACCCGCAUGUCCGGGGGCAUCCCGUGGAUCACCCUCCCCGCAGGUUACCUCGGUUCGUCGCUCAUCGGCGCCGCGCUGAUCGCGUGCGGGUUCGACACGAACGCGAGCAAGGUCGCGUCCCUCGUGCUCGCGGUGUUCUUCAUCUUCACGCUCUGGUGGGCGCGCAAGAACCUGCUAUCAUGGAUCCUCAUCUUGGGCAUGGCCGGCUUGAUUGUGGCCUUUUGGUUCAUCGCGAACGGGGUUGCGUUGCGGUACCUUAUUCUCUUCAUCGGGGUCAUGUCGGACAUGUACGUUCUCUGGGAUGUCAUCGACGACACCAUCGCGCGGAAGGUCAACGGUUCCGACGCCUCCGCCUUCUCUGAUAUCUGCGGCUGCUGCCCGUCGCAAGCAUGGGGCGUCCUCUGGCUCCUCAUCGCCAUCGCCUUCUUCGCCGCCGGCGUCAUCGUCGGACUCGUCGCGUUCAAGGAUUCGGCGGCGGAGCAGGCGGCGGACUCGAAGCACUUCCUGCCCGUGCCCGGACAGAGUGGAGCGCUGCAGACGCUGCCCGCGUCGCUGUCGAUGCUCGCGUGCGCGGCACUCACGGGCUCGGUGCUCCUGCGGCGGUGGUGA